GAGUCUUUGGACAGCAGGAACGGGGGGAACAGAACCAAUAUGGAGUAAGUGGGAUGUGAAGAUCUGCGUUGUCUUUUAAAUAUUGAUUUGUGGUGUAGGGUGAACGAAAUGCUGUCGCCGAAUGAAUUAAUCCAACUUUUUAUCGUGCGGGGAAUUUCAUCGGAUGUAAAUAAUGCUUGCACGGCGUAAUACCGAGAUCCUCAUGGCGCACGAAAAUGGUACCAUUGAAUUCGCAGACGUGAAAGCGAGAAGACUGUCUGCAGUUUGUCAUGACUGUGUUUCAAAAGAACAGGACCUCAGCUUUGAAGUUGUAUAAGAAUGAUGGAAAAACGAAUGCAAAAGGAAUUAUGAGAAAAAAAGUACAUUUGAUUUGGUGAAAAUAUUUGGAAUCGCGUUAGGUGUAGGGAAUGUGAAAUGGACUCCCCGCCAUCAUGCUCGCUAAGUGCCACUGGGCCACUGAGUGACCUGGGCAGCAGCGGACUUGGAGGUUCGAUAUCCAGUGAUUCUGUACGAGCACAUCUUGCUAUUGAGAUGUUGGAGAGCGACGUUGAAAGUAAAUCGUUAUCUCAAGACUCGUUUGAUUAUUCCGAUGGUAUGUGCGGCGAGAAUUUCAACACUUUGAAAAAGGGACCCGGCUGGGCAGAGAUGGACGGUAAAUUGGAGGUGGAGGUUGUCGAGGUGGCGAUCAAACCUCCGCCAGAAUUUCAAGACAGCCCGUCUCCGCCAGACUCCGUAUCAUCGGCAGCACCUAUUCUCUGUUACACCCGUUCAACGCGGCAUCCAGCGCCUCGAUGGAUAGACAAAAUGGCCGAAAUGUUGAUGCAGGUGAUAGUCGAAGAAGCUCUAGUCAUAUCGUGCAGGAUAUCCUGGCCCGAAGGGCGGAUAGCGCCGGGUUCCAAUCCUGUGCCGAUAGUUGCAACGAGUGCGCAAACCUCUCGCCUACUUUGGACAUCGGACAUGCUGACUUUUUCACCGCCGUGUCAGGGAUCGAUGGCAAUAACGCCGUACAGCACGUUGAAUCGUCCGAACUCUCGUUGCUCCUUAUCGUCUUCGCGCUUGUCCAGUUCUCACAAUUCGUUAAAUACCUCAGGAUUAAACCACAAAGUCGACGACAGUAGUUUCAUAACGUCGGCAAUGUCUCACGACGUUUUAACUACUAGUGAAAUAAGUGAUAUGUACAACGUGCCGUUUGACUCCGACAUUUAUACCGUACCGAUAGAUAUGGUGCGACCUUUGCACGAACUUAGAACCCCUCAAAGGCCGAAAAGGCACAGACAUCAUAGGAAGAGGCGGAGAAACGUAUCGGCCAGUUCACAGAGCGAAUUGGAAGCGCACAUUCAACAGGCAAGGCAGUAUUGUGCAAAACCGCGCGCCAUUACCCACGUUAUCAAAUCGCAGCGAUUACUGACCGAAGUUUGUUGCAAAGACGCAGCCAACGGAAAGCGGCACAGCGUUCCGGGGACUUCGGGUCGUCAUCCUCCUCACUCGUCCAACAGUCAGGCGCACAAUAUUGGCGAACCUAUCCACAUGACGCUACACGAAGUGCGACAGUAUUUGCAAACGUUAUAUUCAAGCUCCAGUGAUUCUAGUGAAAAUAAAAUAAAACGUGAUAAAAUACCUGCGAGUCAAACACCUAUACAUCUAGCAGUGCCAAAGGGUAUUAAUAUUAAUAUUAACAAUAACAAUAGAUAUAGCAGUCCACAUACGGACUCGUUGACGGAUACACCAAUUUCUAAUAAGCCGAACAACGGUCUAGUUAAUAACAAUAAUAACUCUAAUUUUAGAAAGUAUAAAAAGCAAAAUGCGUUCGCCAAUAUGAGAAAUAAAAAGGUCAAAGAUGAACAGCAGAAGGAUAAGUCUGACACGGAAAGGGAGAAGAUUAAGAAGUCGCAGCGCAAUUUUUCCUUAAAUUUAAAACAAACCCUUUGUAAUAUCUUUAGGUUUAGGCGGCUCGGCUCGCCUGAACAUUUUGUAGGUAAACGAAAUAGCAUCGUACAAGGUGAUAUCGUUGAGGAGGAGGAGGGCAUCGACUCUGAUCAACAUACCAAUAACAAUAAUACCACAACUAACGAAGUUGACGGUGCUGUGCAAAAGUUACCUUUUUUUAAACGCGCGCUACCUCCUCUGCCUAAGAGCAACGGACAGGUCGGAGUAGAACAAGCUGAGGAUGCGCUCGCAGCGAUGGUUGCCAAGCCCGAGUCUCCGGCUCCUUCGCCUUUGGUGCCCAUUGAUCCGGCGAAAGACGACGAAGAAGUCGCCGAAGAUACGAGCAUGGAUUUCGCCGCUAGUAUUGAAAAAGUGAAGGAUUAUGGCUGGUAUUGGGGACCGAUAUCCGGGGAAGCAGCUGAAAAAAUAUUAUCCAACGAACCGGAUGGAUCAUUUAUUGUACGCGAUAGCAGCGAUGACCAUUACAUUUUUUCAUUGUCAUUUAGACUAAACAGUUGCGUCAGACAUGUUCGGAUAGAACAUGAUCAGGGCAACUUCAGUUUUGGCAGUUGUACCAAAUUCAAAUCGCACACAAUUGUGGAUUUCAUCGAGAAUGCAGUAGAACACUCACGCAGUGGGCGUUAUCUGUUUUUCCUUCAUCGGCGACCGGUGUUGGGUCCCAUGCGCGUACAACUCCUUCAUCCUGUGUCGAGGUUCAAGCAGGUUCAAAGCCUGCAACACAUAUGCAGAUUUGUUAUACUAAAAAUGGUGCGCAGGGAUCUAAUUCCCACCCUGCCUUUGCCUCGUCGCCUCAUCGAUUACCUAAGUACGCCGCAUUACUACAGCGAACAGCUUGCUGAACAAGACGAUCGCGCCGAAUCACCGGUCAGUUCUUCUACCGGUGAAUUAGAAAAGAUUUGUUUCACACCGCAGGCUUUAUCGUGAGACUUUGCCAGAAACUUCUUUCCAAGGAAAAAAAUGUGACUCGAACAAGCCUUCUUGUAACAAAAGGUAAAUCUGUGGGGGCAGCACCUAAAGCUAUGCUGAGGAUUUGCGAUUAGUUGUUUUUUAUUUAUUUUUUUUUUGCUGCCAUACACAAAUACAUAAACUCGACUUAUACCUUACAAUUAUCCUUUGGAGUCAUAAGUUAUAUACAAAACAAAAACAAAAAAAAAAAAAAAAAAACGGAAACGAAAAAUAAUAACAAAAACAAAAAUGAACUGUUAUUAAACCUAAAAAACGAAUAUUUGUAUCAAUAAUUUUAUUAACCAAGUGAUAUUUCUGUAGCUGGCCUGUCCGUAAAAUCGGCCAGUCCGUUGAUCAGUCCAAAUUGUUCGUGUUUAUACGUAAAAAAAUAAAAUCCAAAAUGUCCAUGAGAGUAUAAAUAGUACUUUUGUCCCAACGAGCUUACAGUAAAUUUAUUGAAACAAUAUUCAAGACUGGUGUAGUCAAUUAAUCAAUGAUUGAGCUAAAAGUUCGCUAAAUAUCGCCAUCAUCACCAUUUCGCUUUCAGGCUGUUAUUCAUUCUAAUUACUUAUUCAUUUUUUCAGAACAACGCAACGCUGAAAUACUGUUUUAUUAAAAAUUUCGACCAAACAUUUUUACAUUGGUUCAAAAUAUUUAGUAGAACAGAAUUUAAAAUACAUUUGUUUCAUUUUGUCACUGUUUUAACCAGACAUCGGUUAACUACUGCGUAUUAUGUCGAAUACAAAGUUAUAACAGAAUCUGAGAUCAAGAAAAUGCAAUAUAUCAGGCUCAAACCAUUGAAUUGCUUAUUUUGGGCUGUGACAUAUCUUAAAACUGGAACAAUACAGGCCUGGCUACAUGAAUAGAAUCUUCGAAAUUUUAGUCUCUACAAUUUGAUGCUGGCAGUAUAAAUAAACAAUAACUUUAUUCUGUUCGCGUCUAAAACGAAGCCUCAGGAAAAUGUUGUGAUUACAUAAACCCUAGUCUUGUCCUGUUUAUACUUUUUGUUGGUGGAUCGAUGACGUGACGACGUCGUGUAUUUCAUCGACUUGAUAGUUGACAACACUAAAUUAUCGUCCCUGAAAAACCCAGGUGCCUCUAGUCUGUACACGGGCUGCAAUUUGUCUGAUUUGUUAACGAUUACCGGCCUCGUUGUUACUUCUUUAAUUUUUCUGAUAAUAACUUGUGUAUAUAUAUAUAUAUAUAUAUGUAUGCAUCAAAAUAUCUUGUUAUUGUAAUUUUAAUGCAUUAUUUUAUCGUACAUUAUCGAAUUUUAGUUAUUCAUUCUUAACAUUCCUGUAAUUUAUGUUUAUUAGGAUAUAUUUAUUUAUUUCAUCUAGAACGUAACUGAUUUAUGUAACAAUGAAUUACAUUCAUCCAUCCAAGAUGUAAUACAAAAUGGCGACACUGAAACUAAAACAGAAUAACAAUUGAUAGUAUCAGGACUUAUUUAAUUCUUUUAAAACUGUAAGUUGUAAUCUUGAAUCUCAUCCAUCGCAGCCGAAAUAUUAAUUACUUCCCAUAUUUCUCAUAAAAAAACGGAUCACAGGUUAUAGUGGUUCGUGACGUAAUUGUUACGGUAAUAAUCUUUGAAUCCCUGUCGCAAACUAGAUAAGUCCUUGUGCUAUCCUUUCUUCCUGCGGUAAUCGCUAAUUACUGUGUGUAACGUAAAGUGCAUGUAAUAUCAAUGCAGUACUGAUAAUUUCAAUUUUUCUUUUUUAUGAAUGUAACGACGAAUGUCAAACGAUAAAAACAAAUUUCAUCGCAUCACUAAUUUAUUGAUUUUACUAGUAAGAUACAGUUAAUAGAAUACCUUUAUUCUUAUUUCAAAUAUUUAAUUCAGUAUUUUUAUUUACGUGACAGGGUAUUAUUUUUCAAUAAUAUGCUAAUUCUUUUUCUGUGCUUGCCAGUUUUGUGACGUCACUUGAGUGAACGAAAAUUGAAUUAAUUAUUUUGAAAUAAUCUUGGAGAAUAUCUUUAGCUUAUUUCAUCUCAGUGUUUGCAUCAUUACCAAAAAGGAGGAGAGGAGGAGAUAUUUACCAAAGUUUUGGAAAUUCUCUUUGAUCUUAUUUAAUUACACAUUUGCAAAUGAUGAUGAUGUAUUCCUUUUUUUGCCAAUAAUCAUACCACAUUUAUAAAUACACGAUGUGCGUAUUUGUACGUUCGAAUACGUUUCAUGGUGCUUCUGGAAUUGUUAUAGAAAAACUUGACUAGAUGAAAGAGGAAACAGAUGUUUUGAAUUGAACAGUUUUCUUUGAUCAACUACCUGCUACUGCCAUUUUUUUUUUAAUCUUUCUUUUUCACACAUCAACCAUGUACUUAUGUAAUUUAUUUGGAUGUAAGAAAUAUGUGAAAGUUACAACUGUAUACGGGCCUAAAACGAGAAGUUGCAAGAGCUUUGUACUUUUAUAUUAUUAAGAAAAAACAUGUUGUUCUUUUCAACCCUGCUAAUAGGGAAGUUGCGUAAUACUUAAAUACUCGAAUUUUUCAUCGAAAUGUAUGCUUUCGAUCGAAACAAGCUUUACAUCGAUCAAUACUUAAAAUAUUUGUCCAUAUGAUCGCAGAAAAUCGGUACAAAAUUUCCAUUCAAAAGAUGCAUUUUUAAACUCUUAUUCAUUUGAAAACAAUCCACAAUCAAUUUAGUACGGAUGGACAAUUUCGUCAAUUCCAAUUACCAAGUAGAUCGUGGAUAAUAAAAAUAACAUUGUGUCUUUAAUUAUGCAUCUUCCCUAUUCUGUCUGAGCCUUUAGUGAAAAGCCCCUUUUAUUGAUAUAGAAAUAAAAAAUCUUGUAAAACCACUGCAGUACUUGCACAUCUCUUGCAUAUUAAUAUAUUGCAUAAGCCUUAGAAAAAAGAACAUCUGGAGUGAAACUUAGAAAAUAAAAAGAUUUCCUACCACA